GGCGGCGGCGGCGGCGGCGGCGGCGGCUCGGGAGUGCUAUGACCGGCAAACUCGCCGAGAAGCUGCCGGCGACCAUGAGCAGUUUGCUAAACCAACUGCCUGACAAUCUGUACCCUGAGGAGAUCCCCAGCGCGCUCAACCUCUUCUCCGGCAGCAGCGACUCGGUAGCCCAUUACAAUCAGAUGGCUACAGAGAAUGUGAUGGACAUCGGUCUGACCAACGAGAAGCCCAACCCGGAACUCUCUUAUUCGGGCUCCUUCCAGCCAGCCCCCGGCAACAAGACCGUGACCUACUUGGGAAAGUUCGCCUUCGACUCCCCUUCCAACUGGUGUCAGGACAACAUCAUUAGCCUCAUGAGCGCCGGCAUCUUGGGAGUGCCCCCAGCCUCAGGGGCACUCAGCACUCAGACCUCCACGGCCAGCAUGGUGCAGCCACCGCAGGGCGACGUGGAGGCCAUGUAUCCGGCGCUGCCUCCCUAUUCUAACUGCAGUGAUCUCUACUCGGAGCCUGUGUCUUUCCACGACCCCCAGGGCAACCCUGGGCUCGCCUACUCCCCCCAGGAUUACCAAUCGGCCAAGCCGGCCUUGGACAGCAAUCUCUUCCCCAUGAUUCCUGACUACAACCUCUACCACCAUCCCAACGACAUGGGCUCCAUUCCGGAGCACAAGCCCUUCCAGGGCAUGGACCCCAUCCGGGUCAAUCCGCCCCCUAUUACCCCUCUGGAGACCAUCAAGGCAUUCAAAGACAAGCAGAUCCACCCGGGCUUUGGCAGCCUGCCCCAGCCGCCGCUCACACUCAAGCCCAUCCGGCCCCGCAAGUAUCCCAACCGACCCAGCAAGACCCCGCUCCACGAGCGGCCUCACGCGUGCCCGGCGGAGGGCUGCGACCGCCGUUUCAGCCGCUCGGACGAGCUGACCCGGCACCUGCGCAUCCACACGGGCCACAAGCCCUUCCAAUGCCGGAUUUGCAUGCGGAGCUUCAGUCGCAGCGACCACCUUACCACUCACAUCCGCACGCAUACGGGCGAGAAGCCCUUUGCCUGCGAGUUCUGCGGGCGCAAGUUUGCGCGCAGCGAUGAGCGCAAGCGCCACGCCAAGAUCCACCUCAAGCAAAAGGAGAAGAAGGCAGAGAAGGGGGGAGCGCCCUCUGCGUCCUCGGCACCCCCCGUGUCCCUGGCCCCUGUGGUCACCACCUGCGCCUGAGGCUCGGGCCCCCAAGAUCCCCACUUUUCCCCUCCAA